AUGGACGAGUGGGCGGCGCUCGCGAGCCAAGAGGGCGACGUGGAGCCGGCUGAGUUGAGGCGGUACGACCCAGCGGCGACGCGCAAGUAUUUCUCGACCAGACCGAUCACGUUGUUGAAGCGUGGGAUUCGAUCAUUCAUCUUGCUCGGCGGUUUCAGCGCUAAGCUUUGGUUGGAUCGGAAGACGCGAGGCGAGAACACGAGCGACGCGAAGCGCAAGGAAAUCAACACCAAGCGCGCGACGCAGCUGCGUAACCUGCUCGUCUCACUCGGACCAACGUACGUCAAACUCGGUCAAGUUUUGAGUAGUCGUGCCGAUUUGCUACCGGCCGAGUACAUCGAAGAGUUGCGCGUGCUGCAAGAUAGAGUGCCGCCCUUUGACGACGACUUGGCGCGAAGAAUUUUGGAUCGCGAGCUCGGACCCACCGCUGACCGGCUGUCGCUCGGCUCAACGCCCAUCGCAAGCGCGAGCUUGGGACAGGUGUACAGAGGGACUUGGCGAAACGACGAGGGUCAAUUAGAAGAGGUGGCGGUGAAAGUUCAACGCCCCGGGGCGCUUGUCGCCAUCAGCCUCGACGUCGGCAUCAUUCGUUCUUUUGCCGAGCCGUGGCGAAAGUGGAACAACUUGAACUCCGACCUCGAAGGUCUGGUCGACGAGUGGGGGCGACGAUUCAUCGCUGAGCUUGACUAUGAAGCUGAGGCGACGAAUGGUGAGAACUUUGCGAAAGCCAUGGCGUCGCGCUCCGAUUUGGGAGGUGUCGUCACGGCGGCGCCCGUCUUUCGUCAGGCCUCGACUCGUCGUGUGCUCACCACGGGUUGGAUAGAGGGCGUGCGUCUGCAAGACAGCAAGGCGGACGAUACGGCGCAACUCUGCGCUGUCGCGCUCACAUCGUACCUGGCGAUGCUCUUGGAUCUCGGUUACCUGCACGCCGAUCCGCAUCCGGGCAACCUGCUGCGUACGAAUGACGGCAAGCUGUGCAUUCUUGACUGGGGUCUCGUCACGCCAGUAUCCAAGGAUUUAUCGGCGGCUAUUUUGCGCUUCAUCGCGCACUUGGUGAGCAAGGAUUUCGAAGCCGUACCGGGUGAUUUGGACGCGAUGGGUUUCAUCCCGUCUGAGUUAAAGGGCGUCAAAGAUCCCAAGGCGCGUCGCGACGCCUUCUUGGAAGCCGCGGGCACGGAUAGCAAGGUGGCGCAGUUGACGAAGGAUUUGGAAGGUGUCCAGGAAAAGUACGGAAAUAUUUUUCAGAUUCCAGCCUAUUUCGGCUACAUUCUCCGUGCGUUCUCCGUCCUCGAGGGCAUCGGGCUGUCUUCCGACAAAAACUAUUCAAUCGCGAACGAGUGCUAUCCGUACGUCGCUCGUCGAUUGUUGACGGACAAGUCACCCGAGACUCGACGUGCUUUGGAACAGCUCUUGUACGGCAAGGAA